GCAGAGGUUAAUUUUAUUACAGCACCCCCGUUGCAUUCUGGGAGAGUGGAUAGAGACUUAGCAGUGGAUCUUUUUUAGUAGUACGGCAAUUUCUGGCACCCGAAAUCUCAUGUCGAAAUAGCUAGUCUUCCGCUAUCGGUAGUAAUGGCGCUGACAUGGUUCGAACGGUUCCUGGCCUCGAUGCUGCGGGGAGCGGUCGGGAUGCUGUUUGCCGUCUUCCAGCUGCUCUCUCAGCGGCGGGGAGCGGACAGGUCCGUGAGGAGGCUCCCACCAAUCACCAACCCACUGUUGAAGGUCCCCGCGAUGCGGCUCGCCCGCAUGAUUCGACGGAGAGAGGUAACCAGUGUGGAGGUGGUACAGACCUACAUAGACCGCAUCCAAGAGAUUAACCCUCUCAUCAAUGCCAUGGUCAAGGACAGGUUUUCCUUGGCCCUGCAGGAGGCAGCCCAGGUGGAUAAGCUGAUCGAGGAGGAGACAGGAGGAGAGGAUGUUCUGGAGGACAGGCUUCCUCUACUGGGUGUCCCGUUCACUGUCAAAGAGGCCUUCUCCCUCCAGGGUAUGCCUAACUCCACAGGGCUGGUGUCACGGCGGGGGGUGAUUUCGGCAACGGACGCUCCCCCGGUGGCUCUGCUGAAGAGGGCAGGGGCUAUUCCUCUGGGGGUGACUAACUGUAGUGAGCUCUGCAUGUGGCUUGAGUCCCAUAACCACCUGUAUGGAAUCACCAACAACCCAUACGACCUGGACAGAAUACCAGGGGGAAGCUCCGGAGGGGAGGGCAGUAUUUUGGGCGGCGGUGGUUCCGUGAUAGGGGUUGGCUCAGAUGUUGGGGGUAGUAUUCGCAUCCCAGCAUUCUUCAACGGCAUCUUCGGCCACAAGCCAACAUCAGGUGUAGUGUCUAACGUGGGUCAGUUCCCCCCGGCCUCGGGGCAGCAGCCUGGUUUCCUGUGUACAGGCCCAAUGUGUCGCUACGCCCAGGACCUGCUGCCCAUGCUCAGAGUUAUGGGAGGAGCCAACGCUGACAGGUUGUCUCUGUCGUCUGAGGUGGACCUGAAGAGAUUACGGUUCUUCUCUGUUCCUCACGAUGGAGGCUCUCCUCUGGUGUCUCCUGUCGACCAGCAGCUAGUCCUGGCUCAGAGGAGGGUGGUUCAGCGUCUGGAGGCAGACCUGGGGGUCAAAGUUCAGCAGCUGAAGAUUCCUCAGCUCAAAUACUCUUUCCAGAUCUGGAGUGCAAUGAUGGGAGCCCCGGGGAAGGAUGGAAAGCAGCCCACAUCGUUUGCAGAGCUGAUGUCUGACCAUGGGAAGAAGGUGUGGCCUCUAUGGGAGAUUGCUAAGUGGACUGUGGGACUCUCUAAGCACACCGUGGCUGCUCUAGGUCUGGUCCUGGUAGAGAUGUUCCAGAGGGCCCAGCCCACCCAGUUCAUCCUGCAGCAGAAGGAAUCUCUCCAGAAGGACCUGGAGGAACUGUUGGGGACAGACGGGGUGCUUCUCUACCCCUCUCACCCUCACCUCGCCCCCAAACACCACCAUCCCCUCUUCACCCCCUUCAACUUCUCCUACACUGGUAUCUUUAACAUUCUGGGUCUUCCGGUGACCCAGUGUCCGUUGGGGCUGAGCGCGGAGGGUUUACCCUUGGGACUGCAGCUGGUAGUGGGGAAGCAGCAGGACCGUCUCUCCCUGGCCACCGCUGUGUUCCUGGAGAAGACCUUCGGAGGUUGGAGAGACCCGGGGAGCAUGGCCACUGCCACCACCCAGCUAGAUACCUCACGCGGGACGUCAACGACCACAUCGUGAAUAUACAGAGACGUUUACUCUGAGAUGAAUGAAAGUCCUAGAAGACAGAGGAAUGUAUGCACUGACACAAAGGCAGACACACUCACACGGUCUCUUUGCACAUGCCGUCCUGUCAGUCGUCCAGCCUUCUCAUUCGUUCUUUAACAACAGACUCUCGCCAGGUUAUUGAGUCUCUCGUCCACCACAGUAUGUCUGUUGCGUCUUCGUCACAAAGUGCCCUGUGCUUGUCCAAAGAGCCUUUGUGUGUCCAGUAGUUGUGUGUUCCUGGCUUAUGUCCCAAAUGACUCCCUACAUAGUGCCCUACAUUUGACCAGAACCCUAUUCCCUACAUAGUGCCCUAUAUUUGACCAGAGCCCUAUUCCCUUCAUAGUGCCCUAUAUUUGACCAGAACCCUAUUCCCUACAUAGUGCCCUAUAUUUGACCAGAGCCCUAUUCCCUUCAUAGUGCCCUAUAUUUGACCAGAGCCCUAUUCCCUUCAUAGUGCCCUAUAUUUGACCAGAGCCCUAUACCCUUCAUAGUGCUCUACUUUUGACCAGAGCCCUAUUCCCUUCAUAGUGCACUACUUUUGACCAGAGCCCUAUUCCCCACAUAGUGCACUACUUACAUAUUGCACUACUAUGGGUCCUGGUCAAAAGUAGUGCACUCUAUCGGGAAUAGGGUGCCAUUUGGGAUGCAGAUUGUGACUGUCCGACAGCUAUAUGUUGCGUCAGGGUUUUUUUUGUGUGUAAUGUCCAAUAAGGUUUUCUCUCUGUACACUAUUUGUCCACAACUAAAGAGACGUUGGAACCUUAUUGGCGAGAGAAUGUAUUAUGAGAAUGUAAUGUGUUAUGGUGUAGUCCAUGUUAAAAUGACGGGUGUUGAUGGGUGAUGUGAUAUACCACGUCUCUUAAAUGACUGGCACUUUUUCAACAAGUUAAAAGGUUAACGUAAUCUACUGUAUAAAGACAUGUGCAUAUUAUGAUCAUUUGAAAGGAUAUCUUUGUGAUAAUGUUUCAUAUUAAAUGUUAAUUGUUACUGUCCUACUACAAUUAUGCCAGAACAAAUAUUAUAAUAAAAUGUACAUUAUACUGAGGACAA